AAGGAAAAGCGGAGGAGCGGGUUCUUUGGAUUCGGAAAAAAGGACAAGGAUAAGGACAAGGAGAAAGAGACCCAGCUCAUUCACUGUCGGUCGACCUUCCUCUUCAUCUGAUAACCAGGCGUUUUCUCGACACACUAUGGCUGGAACACCUCAUCAACUGUCUAACUCUACACAUGCAAACGACGACCGAUUCAAUGGUUUCGAAUCCAAUGAAUUACGUAGAGUCUCGGCGCCGAUACCUAAUGAAUUUGGACCUGGUGAUUCGAGGUAUGCCAAAUCUCAGUCUAUGGCCUUUGGAAGCGGGCGCGGGAUCAGAGACGAACCUCAAAUGUCUCAGCAAAUCCGACAACAAAGCGAUGAGACAAUUCGGAACAUGGCCAAGAGUCAAUCUAUGCCUUUCAGCCGGCUCAACGAAAGGAGCAACAGUGGAGAUAGUAUACCUUCCAGAGAUAAACGCUCAUCACCCAUGGACACACAAGGUCCGAAUAGAGGAUACGGAGGUUUACCUGACAAGGUCACUCCUCCUCCGCCUGUUGACAAGACCCCGAAGCAAUCUCCAAGACUUGCUUCUGCUGGACAGAUAGGGAACUCCUCACCUUCUCAGAACAAUUCCUACAAACUUCAUUCAUUUGACAAUAUAGUCGAAUUGAUCGCUGCUCAACCUCAAAAGACGUAUGUCGCCAGCCCGCCAGAGUUGGAGAUGAUCUUGGCGAGGACGAGCGCUGGAGGUCAGCCGAAACAAGGGCAGCCUGGGAGCGCCACGAAUGAUUGGGACAGUGUCUGGCUUCAGUUGUCUGGCAUUUCUCUCUCAAUGUGGUCGAUGAAAGAGACACGAGCUGCUGCUGCGAAAGGCGAAAAAGUGCCUCCAACGUAUUUCAACAUCACCGACUCGUCACUGGAGCUGCUGGCUCCUCUCCCGCCUCCACCUCAUCGUCCAAACUCUCACCCGCAUCACUUUGUCUUUUCGCUCAAUACUGCCGGUUCCAAUCGUUUGCUCUUCUCCUGUCCGACCGAGAAAGACGUCGCGAAAUGGGCCACCGGUCUGCGUUUGGCAGCUUGGGAGAGAGCUAGACUGGAAGAAAUCUACACUGGCCAUCUGAUCAAGUCUGAGGGCAUGGAUACUGCGCCUUCUCAGCUUGUCAGAGGUCGUAUGGAAGGUUGGGUACGAGUCAGAGUCAUGGGUGGGACAGAUUGGAAGCGACUAUGGGUCGUCUUAUCUACACCAGACGUCGGUAAAGACGAUCUCCAGGAGAAGAAGAACCGUCGUAGAAGCCUCUUUGGUAUCGGCGACAGCAAAGACAAGGACCCGGUUCAAGAGCCCAAUACUGGAGAACGUAUGGCGAGCUUUUACCUCGAGCAGAGGACGCAGAGGAACCAGACGAGCAACACGCCUGUCUUAACAAUCACCAACGUGUCUCAAGCAUACGCCGUCUUCCCCGAACGACUGGAAGUCAUGUCUCAAUCCAACCUCAUGAAAGUCGUCGGGCGGAUCAACGGAGAUCUAGUGACCAUUGAAGGAAGGUUGAGGGACUCUGGUUGGGCUUUGAUCAUGCCAGAAGCACCGGACGCCGUCAGCGGAAGUCCCUCUCAGUCGUCGGCGUCUCCUCUAAGCGAUAUGAUGAGAUGGGUCACUGGCUUCCACGAUGUGUUCGAGCUGUACGGCCGACCUGGGAACUAUAGCUGGGAUGUCAAGGACCCAAAGAGUCUAUUCUUCGCUUAUCCUCAAGGUGAAAGGCGAGGGCGACUCUUCCUUGACAUCGAUGAGGCGAUGCGAUCUGACUUUAGAACGAGCAACCUCCCUGCUAUCAGAGGGGCCUUCCGUUCGCUCGUAGAGCGCCGAUUGCUGGGCCCACAUGCAGAAUACAGGUCUGAAGGCGACUUGGGGGGUCAAGUGCCUCAACCGCACAAUAAUUCGUAUCGACUACCGCCUCUGGCUUUCGACAAGUCGGGUGCACCAAAUGGACAGCCUGGCGAACCCAGGUCCUUGACGCCUAUCACUGAGCGAACCGAUAUUGCUAGUCGAAACCCAUCGACAAAGACGGAGAAGAGCACAUUCUUCACGAGUGACGGCAGUGGCGGUGGACAACACCGACAAGUGUCCAACCUCGGCGAGGAUCGGUCGAAAAGCCAACCUCUGUAACGUCCACCGCUAGCGGAUACGAUCAAGCUGCCGCUGCUUACCUUGCCAAUGUUGUUGAGAAGCGUGGUGGUCAGCAACCUCUGGCCGCUCAACAGUUUAUUCGAUCUCCUGAGGCUGGUCACACGCCUCUGGAUCUCAAUCGAGUGUCGGAGGACAGGACUCGUCCGACCAUCAUCACUCAAUUCGACUCGAG